CGCUUGAUCUCAUCUUUAGAACACGGUGUGCCGGUUUUAAAACUGUGUUAGUUAGUUCUAAGCCGGUUUAGAUGUAGCUUGUAAAAAUCUAAGAUUUAAACUUUAAAUUAAUUUAAUUAUAAUUUCUUGCAUGAUUAAUAAAGUUAUUUGAAAUCGUUUUGUUGAGGAAGUGAAAUAAAUAGUACGAAAAACAGAAAAUAAUAAGAUAUAAAAUUUUUUUAAGCAAUGUCCGAUGUGCCAAAAUGCGCCGUUUGCCAAAAAAAAGCCCCCCAAAGAUGUGCCGGUUGUCAUUCCGUGCAUUAUUGUAGCAGGGAGCAUCAAAAAUUGGGAUGGAAGAGUCAUAAAAAAUAUUGCAAACCUUUCAAGGUUUGUGAAGAUGAUGUUUUAGGAAGAUAUUUGGUGGCAACGAAGCCGUUAAAUCCCGGGGAUGUAAUCUUAAAAGAGUCCCCAUUAAUUUGGGGUCCCGCCCAACAAACGGUUCCGGUUUGUUUGGGGUGUGGAAAAAUUGUCACCGCGAAAACGCAAAAACCUUGUCCAAAAUGCGGCUGGCCGAUGUGCAGCGACCUCUGUCAAAAUUCACCGAGUCAUAUCCCCGAAUGUUCUUAUACGAUUAAAAGAGGCGAUAAAGUUUCAAUAAACAAUUUUAAUAUAACCCACCCAAGUUAUCAAAGCAUCAUAAUUUUACGCUGUUUAUACCAAAAACAAUUCCUCCCACACAUUUGGGCGAAAAUAGAACAACUUGAGUGUCACUCAGAAGACCGCAAGAAAACAUUUUCUUACAUAAACGACAAACACCACAUCGUGGAAUUCAUAAAACGAUUUUAUAAAAUUGAUUCGUUCACCGACGAAGAAAUCCUUAAAGUUUGUGGGAUAGUUAUGGUAAACGGCCACGAGGUGCCGCUAAACGAACCGCCUCACGUCGCCAUCUACGAACAAUGCUCAUUAUUCGAACACAGUUGUCGCGCAAAUUGUUGCAAAAGUUUCACUUCAAACGGCGAAAUUUUAAUAUCCGCAGGAAUCAAAAUAGAAAAAGGAGAUCAUUUAAGUAUAUGUUACACAGAUCCUUUAUGGGGAACCCCGAAUCGGCGACAUCAUUUAAACGAAACGAAAUUUUUUUGGUGUAAAUGCUUAAGAUGUUCGGAUUCGAGCGAAUUAGGAACAUUUUUUUCCGCGAUGAAAUGCCAAAAUGAAAAUUGUAAAGGAUUAGUUCUCCCAAAAAGUUUCUUGGAGGAGGAAAAAAAUUUCGAUACUUUAUGGAGUUGCGGAUUAUGCAAUUUCAAGAUGUCCGAAAGAUUAAUUUUCGAAAUCCUCGAAAACAUCGGAAAACAACUCCAAACGAUGCCCAAAGGGGUCAUAAGCAUUUGCAAAAACUUCAUCCGUGAAUCCGAAAAAUAUUUAUCAAAAAAUCAUUAUCACUUAAUCGACGUAAAAUUUGCUUUGUGCCAAGUAAUCGGUGAAAAUCCCCCGUUAUCCGAAGUAUCCGAUUCGGAUCUCGAAUUUAAAACGAAAAUUUGUAAUCAAUUAUUGGAAGUCGUUCGGAUUUUAGUUCCGGCUGAAAAGCGAAUUUUAGGCGUGGUUCUUUUUGAACUUCACGCGGCUAUCGCCGAAAUGGGACGGCGAAAAGUUGAAAAUCAUAGUUUUGAGGAGCCAAAUGACGUGAAGGCUUCGCUUUUGGAUUCGGAGAAAAUUCUUAAAGAAGUUGUCGAAAUAUUAAAACACGAACCGAUCGAGUUACCCGAAGGGAAAAUUUGUCAACAAGCCAGAAAAAAUCUUCAAGAAAUUCAGGCUAUUUUAAAAACUGUUCAUGUUCAAAAUGGAAAUGCUUUAAUGUAAAUUAAUUUAAUUUUAUAUGUUUGUUAACAAAAUAAAAUUUAAAAAG